AUGAAGAGUCCAACAUCAGAGAAACAGCAAUUCCAUCUUCACCGUCAUAACCAUAGCCAACUUAACUCUAACAACAAAAACCAUGAGUCAAAACUACAUCAAUAUAGAACCAUAUUCAAAAGUUUCUUAUUCAUGACAAUCUUGCUAUCAAUGGGCUAUUUAUGUCUCUCAUCAACAUCAACAUCAUCAUGCUUACAAUCUUUAAUACCCAAUAGAAGCAGUAAAAUCACGGCUACUGCACUUGCUUGCACCUCAAGCUCAACUAAUACAGUUUCACCUGCACCAGCUAUUGCAGCCACAACAACCACUACAACAUUCACUUCAAUAGACAACAGCGAUAAUCAUGAACAAACUUUGGGUUUCCAUAGGAAAAGAGCUAGACAAGCCAAACAAAAGAAACAAAAGAAACAUCGUCAAGAGAAAAGAGCUGAUAAUUCAACUAGUGAUGGAUUUUCUGAUUUAUCUUCAACUUCAAAUGGUGGUUUUGGUAGUACUUCAAGCGACAUUAGUAGUACCUCAUCUGGAUUUGGCCAACCUUCAUCAAGUACAUCUUCAUUCUUGUUUCCAAGUUCAUCAAGUUCAUCAUCAUUCAGUAGUUCCAGUUUAUCAUCAUCUUCAUCAUCAACCACUUCAUUUGGAGAUACAUUUUCAUCUUCUUCUUCAUCAUCAUCAUCAUCAUCAUCUACUGGAUUUGGCACUUCAUCAUUUGAAACACUGAGUGAUCGUUCUAGCUCCUCCUCCUCCUCCUCUUCAUCAUCAACAACUAGCUCAUCCACUUCCUCAUCUUCAUUUGCUUCAGAGACUGGUGAAACUAGCUCAUCAAGCUCAACCUCAUCUUCAUCCUCGUCAACCGAAGCACCAGAAACCACUUCUGAAACCAGUACCACAUCUUCAACUGAAGAUGACGACACCACCUCAUCAACAUCAUCAGGAUCAUCACGUCAUGUAACAACUUUAAGUUCAGUUGAAAAUGGUAAAACAGUAGUUGUUACUCAAACAUCAUUGAUUUCUUCACAAGCUACAGAAACAGGUGAUUCCAAUAACCGUAACUCGAACAACAACGGCGGUGGAUUAUCCCAAACUAACAAAAUUGUCGUUGGUGUAGUUGUUGGAGUUGGUGGAUCAAUUUUAGUUGGUAUAAUUGCCGUUUUGUUCUAUCUCAAAAGAAGAAACAACCGUGAUCCUGAAGCUGGAUGGACCUUUUGGAGGAAAAAUGAAAAAUUGGGUAGUGAUGAAUUUUUCAAUGGUGAAUUGGGAGUUAGAGAUAGAAAUAUUAAUCAAGGAUCAAAUUUUUAG